CACUUGUCUUACCUACUUCCGGUUCAACACGCCCUCUAUGCGGAAGCUUAGUCGGCAACUUCAGAGAAAAGGAAAACAGAAACAUCUCAGCCUACAGAUAGUGCAACCUGCACAUCCUUAAGUGAGGUUACCUCCCCUUCACAGGAAGUCAGUUAUUUAUACAGCUCCCCUAAACAGGAACAGGAAGUCAGUCUUGGAAAGAGUAGCUCCCCUACACAGGAAAAGGAAGUGUAUAAAACUGAGGGGUCCAGCAGAGGGGAUAAGGUUAGUCAAGGUCAGGGGCCAGCAGAAGGGGUAAGUGAGGAAAAUAUUACUCCAGCUUUUGUGGAAGUUGAGGAGAAAGGGAUUGAAAUUCAGCGACAGGAAGUCUCUUAUAAGGUGAUAGAAGAUAUUCAAAGGGAAGAAGAGGAACAGCUUGAUUUUGAAAUCGAGCAAGCGCAGGAAGAAUUGGCCAAAGUUUGGGAACGAGUAAGAACAGAAGGAGACGAAAUGUCCACUGAAGCAUUGACAACAGCUGUAAACCGGCUUGAAGCUGUGGCUACCCGACUUGAAGCGCUGGCUUUGAAGGCACCAUCUCCUAGCCGAGCAUCAAGUUCUGAACCAGAUGUGGUAGUCCCAUAUGUCCAGGCAUUCGAUGGCAUCAUCAACGGACCGUACGCCAAGUUCCAGGCCCUCAGUGCGAAGAUAGGCGGAGAUGUCCAAACUAUGUGUAACACCAUUACAAAGACAUUCAGUGACCAGAGAGCCUUCCUCAACAUGGCCUCCAAGUGUAAGGAGCCCAAGGACAAAGCUUUAAUGGCUAAGCUGCUGCAGCCGACAUCACAAAGUAUACAGACCAUCAUGGAGUUCCGUGAGAGUAAAAGGCAGAGCCCAUUCUUCAACCAUCUGUCCACCGUCAGUGAAUCUAUCCCAGGGCUGGGCUGGAUCUCUGUUGCCCCGACCCCUGGACCUUACCUUAAGGAUUUUAUGGAUGCUGGCAUGUUCUACUCCAAUCGAAUCCUCAAGGAGUUCAAAGACAAGGACCAGACCCAUGUUGACUGGGUGAAGAGUUGGAAUGCAUUGUUCAAGGAACUCCAGGCAUACAUCAAGUCCAGCCACACCACCGGCGUGGCCUGGAAUAUGCAGGGAGGAGAUGCUAGCACUUUUUCUGCUGGAGCACCUGCUGCCAGCUCAGGAGGACCCCCAGCUCCACCACCACCAGGCCCCCCACCACCCCCACCACCAAUAGUUGAUGCCCCCACAGGAUCCACAGGAAGCUCUACUGAUGGAAGGGCAGCCUUGUUCGACGCCCUUAAUAAGGGCGCUGACGUCACCAAAGGCCUUAAGACGGUGACUGAUAAGAUGAAGACACACAAGAAUCCAGCACUUAGACAGGGACCUGCUCCCUUUAAGGCCCCAGUCAAGGCUCCCCCCAAACCUGCUCCAAAACCCGCAGCUAAAGUGGUGGUCAAACCUCCUGUUACGGAGCUACAGAAUGGCAAGAAGUGGGUCGUGGAGAACCAUGUGGACAACCCAAACAUCCAGAUUACAGAUACCGCCAUUAACCAAACUGUUUACAUCUACAAAUGUCAGAAAUCAACCAUCCAGAUAAAGGGCAAGAUCAACUCCAUCAUCGUAGAUAGCUGUAAGAAGGUGGGCGUGGUAUUUGAUGAUCUUGUGUCUUCCCUGGAGUUCAUCAACUGUCAGAGUGUAAAAGGACAGGUGAUUGGAACGAUGCCGACUGUAUCAAUAGAUAAGACCGACGGUGCCCAGAUCUUCCUCAGCGAGAGCUCUUUGAAAGCUGAAAUUGUCUCGGCCAAGUCCUCAGAAAUGAACGUUGUUAUACCAAAGGAUGGUGACUUCGUGGAAUUUGCUCUCCCAGAACAAUUCAAGACGACUUUUGACGGCAAAAAAAUGGUCACUGUCAUGUCCGACAUCUAAACAUUUAUUGGAGAAGAUUGCCACCUGUUGGACACAUCUUGAACUAUACUUAGCAACUCUCAUAUCAUUCCAAGUUUUACAAAAGAGAUUUGGAAUCUGGCCGCUGGAUUUUGACAGAUUACAUUCAUCACAACUGAGAACUUAUAUUUUUGAAGAAAAAAUAAAUAAAUAACAUUAUGGCCGCAUUUAUAGCUUUAUAAAUCAAUGUACCCAAAAACAUGUUAACAGCGAAGAUAAAGAAUUGUGUAUGCUGAGGAUUUUUCAAAGUAUCACUCCAAAAUUUAAUACCAGGUAUCUGGGAAUUUCUUUUUUUUUUACAUCAGGGAAUCCAUAAAUUUUCAAUAAUUAACGGGAAAAUGGGAGUCGGGGGUG